UAUAAUAGCGAGAGCAUUGUCAGCAAGUGAUCAAGAUUAGACAUUUGAAAUGUGUAAAUCCAAAACUGGAGUUAGUUUACAAAUCCAUUGGAGUGGAACAGCACUGUCCAGUCCAGUCCUGGCCAGUUACAAUAAUUACAUUGCAUUUAUUUGGCAGAUGCUUUUAACUAAAGUGACGUACAAUAAGUCCAUACCGAAGGUCAUUGGAACAACUACAAAACACAGGUCUCAUAAGAUUCCUAUCAUUGUGCCGCACAUCAGCUGUGUGUUUUGUGUUCUUUAAUUCAGUCCUUUUCAAUGGACCAAUAGCUGGGAAUAAGAUCGGAAUUAUUUUCCUACACACCAAUGCAUAUGUAAUUACAAUAAAAUAGAAACUUUCAGCACCCAUUAAACACAUGUUUAACGGACAAUGAAGAUUCAGCUUUUGUGCUUUCAGUAUAAAAACAAUCAUAUACAGAUCUAUGAACAAGACAUAAAUACAGCAAGAGAGUGCUGACCAGCUGGCAGUUCCACAGAGCAACACACCGUUGGCUCCAGCGUUGCCCAGGGAUGGGAGGGUUUGAGUCAUCCAGGAUGACAGCCUCUCACAGCACACCGGCAGGUGGAACAGGCACUUUCUGGUCCGCCUGUUGAGUUGCCCUUAAAUCGUAGCCAUCCGUCUCGCAAGCUCGGGCUGCAGUGUGAUAAGAUGCGACAGCUGUCAUUGCGCACUUCUGAGGAGAGCAUGCGCUCGUCCGCAGUCUCUCAAAUCGAUAGGGGAGCGUUCAUAAAAAUACGAUUGGGCAUUCAAAUGAAGGAAAGCAUAUAUUUAAAAAUACACCAUCAGCCAUGAUCUUACUUAAUCUGUUACUGUGAGACCCAGCAAUUAAUUUUUGUCUCCUAUAGGGUACAUGAUUCUCUGAUCUUAAUCUCAAGAACUAAAGAUUCUACUGAAACAUCAAAAAUGAUGUGACUGAAUCUGAAACCUGAUUAACUUCCCCUUCAGGAGCAAAAUCAGGCUGAGCAGACCAACCGUCCUGCCGUGCAGAGUCUUCCCUCCAAAACCCCUGCACACCACAGGAUGUCUCUGUGCCCCCCAAAGCCCACCCAGCAAUCAGAUGCAUCCAAAGAAGGACUGUACUCUUCGGUCCCGUCACACACCCUGAUGAUGCACAAGCUGCGAUGCAGACUGAGCCACAAGAUGGCGCACCGCAACCGACUCAUCAACCCAAAGCCCGCUGAGGGCCACAGUCUGGUUCACUCAGUUUCUCUCCAGGCGGGUUCUCUGCCCACCUCCCAACUCUUCUUAUCCAGUCAGACCCCAGGGACCCCUGUGUCUUCUGUGUUCGACGUCCAAUCCCAGCACUGCGCUACCACACGAACUCUCCCUUCAGCCCCCUCUUCCUCCACCAAGCAAAGUGAGGUGGCUGCUCAACACAAGGCUCCUGCCACAUUCCCUGUGGCAACCCAGUCCCCCACCAGCCAGUCUCCAGCUCCUGUUGUCACCCAACCUGAAAAUCUCGUCCAAUCCCUGCCUUCAGCCUUACCGGAGUCUCCUCCCCGGCAGCUUGUUCGCCCUGCCCAGCUACCUGCGCAUGGCCCUGUCCACAAGCCCCCCAGUCUUUCUCCUGCUCCCUCCCUGCCAGCUUCCUGCACAGGCCUCCAGUCUGCCCCCUGCCCUAGGACCUUCGCGUCCUCACCCUCACGACCCACUUCACCCCGCCCACUGAAGCCCCUGUCCCCUGCGUCAGUGCAGGGGCUGACAGGACAGAUGCAAUCCUCAGAGGAGACCCCAGCAGCCAAGACGCUGGUCCAGGUGCCCCAUCAGGACCCGCCCCCUCCGCAAAGGGUCGUCAAGGACCCGCAAACCCAUUUGGCAGCUCCAUCUGAGCUCCCGAAGGACUUGUCCACAGUAUAUCAAAUGGUGUCCCGGCGUGAAAUGGACAGUGCAUUGCGCAAUGGAGAACAGGAAGAGCCAGGCAAUGAGGAGAUGCCAAACCUCAUGGAGCCUCCACUUGGGAACAGUACCCAGAUACAUCCCACUCUGCUGCCACCUGCUGGACAGGAGGGAGACUGUAGAGACACCUCCACUGACUUAACCAGUAUGGCUGGCACUGGCCAAUCGAGCACAGAGCCAAAAGGCGAUGCCCACACGGAGAACUCUUCUGUGGAGGCCCUUCACACAAGCUCUUCCCAAGCUUCCCUCCCACCUGCCGGGGGGCCAAGCGGCAGCCUGCCCCCCCCUGCCAGUCACCUCGGGGGUGCUGCUGAGAGCCAGCUCCCACAGGCCAUCAUCAAACCCCAGGUCCUCACACAUCUCAUCGAGGGCUUCGUAAUCCAGGAGGGGCUGAAGCCGUUUCCGGUACGUCCAGUGGAACAGCUGUCAAGAGGACAUGGAGGCAAUCUGCAGGUGAACCGCUCCUCACUGAUGGUGGAGAAGCAGGCCAAACAUCCUGGGGCCCUCCAUGAGAUGAGGGGGAGUGAGGUCACUAGCCCCAUGAUGGACGUGGAGCACCCCUGGAACUCCACAGACACUGACAUGGAUGACUUUGCCACAGACGAUGGUAUGGACGAGGUGCUGGUGGACAUGUUGCACUGUGAGUUCUGUGGAAAGAGGGGCUAUGCCCACACCUUCCUGAGGGCAAACCGCUUCUGUUCUACCACAUGUGUGCGAAGGUUUAACGUCAGCAACACCAGACGCAUCAGCGCGCUGAAAGCCAAUCGGACCGGCCGUGGGAAGGACCGCAGACGGGGGCGGAGCCGGAGGCCCAGCAGCUCCAGGGAGCAUUUUCACAGACAGGCUGCCCAGAGCACCAGUUGGUGGCCGAUGGAAGCGGAGGAGGAGGAGGACCCUCCCGUUCCCAUGACAACCAGACUCCGGCGGCAGGCGGAGCUGGAGCGUGAGAGAGAAACGGCGGACAGUGGCGGGAGCCCGCCCACCUCGCCAUCUAGCCCUGUGCUGUGGACCGUGGACCAAGUGUGCGCCUUCGUGUACACGCUGCCAGGUUGCCAGGACAUCGCUGAGGAGUUCCGCUCACAGGAGAUCGAUGGCCAGGCCCUUCUGCUGCUAACCGAGGAUCACCUAAUGAGCACCAUGAACAUCCGGCUGGGGCCCGCACUCAAGAUCUGUGCCCGCAUCAACUCUCUUAAGGAAGCCUAGAGAAAGAGAGAGACCAAAACCCCAUCCUCUCCCCUCAGCAUCCUCUCCCCAUGUCUCCACUUGGGGUGUCCUUAGGUCUAAACCCCUCAAAAUGCUCCUAUUCUCACCCUGAGGUAGUGAGUGAGGCUUGGCUGAAUUACUGUGCUUAUGCAUCAGCUGAAACAGAAGCAGCACUGCCACAGAGGGCACAAAGGAAGGGUGGGAGAGGGAGGGAGACAGAGGGAGAGAGAGAGAGUGAGUGUCUGUCUGCGUGUUUGUGUGUGUGUGAGUGAGUGAAAAUGUGUCCACUGACAAUGUGUGCUUGUCUUAGAAAGCAUGUCCACAAAAAGAGGGUGUGUCCACAGCAAUAUAGAGGGAGUGUCCACUGAGAAUGUAGGCGGGUCCUCAGGGAGAGCAUGUCUGCAGACGGAGGGCUUGCCUCAUUGGAUCAAAAUCCUUCAGUUUGUCUCCUACCUUGUGUUUGGACGGUCAAGAUAUUAAGGCAUGGUGCAAACACAUGACAGCAUUAAGUACGCUUGGAACAGCUGCCACAAUGCCAUUUACGCCAAACUGUUACCUCUGCGUGUUUCCAAUGUAGCACUAGGUGGAAAUUGUAGUGUUUUAUGCAAAACAUUUGAAGUGUGUGAUGCACAAAAUUCAUAUUAUUUAUUUUUCUUAAAUUGCACCAUUUUCUUCGUUCUGAAUCUACAUUCUAUAAAAGUAAAGAGAUGAUAUGUAAGAUUAUAGAGAUGAUAUGAGCAGCUAGCUUGAAGUUUUUGGCCCUUCUAGAUCCACUUUUGGGUCUCAGUAUAGCAGAGCCAUUUUGUGCACUUUAAUUACAUCAUUAAUCCAAAUUGUAUUUGUGUCACCCUGAACCAGCCACUGAUUCUCACUGAUUCUCUUUACCUUUAUUUGUGCAUAUUCUAAAGAGAAAACAUAAACAUUGAGCUCCUGCAGUGUAAAGUGUGUUUUCAUUAAGAAAAAUACGCCUUGUGAUUUGUAAUAAAUUAUUACCGGCAUUUUUGGCUUCAGCAGCGGACCCGUCUACUUGGGUUCAUAGCUUUGGGUUUUCUAUUUGGCAGCUUUGGACACCAGCUAGUUGUCCUGUAAAUAUUAUUCAAUACCCUUUCCAGACCCCUGCAGAUAUUAUUUUUCUAUAAUGCAUAUGCAUUUGUCUGUAUAUAAGCCAAGGCAGUGGAUUUGUGUGUGUAGACAUAUAUCACGAGUGAAGAAUUUAUAAUAUAUAUUUUCAGAAGAAACAUGCUUUUUGUUUUGAAAAAAUAACUUGCAUUUACAGAAUACUUGCUUAGGGUGGUUGAUGGUAAGAAUAGAGAGAUCAUAAAAUAUCAUAAUUGCAUUUUAGUACAUAGUAUUCAGUGCAUAAUAAUUGACACAGAAUAAUGUGACAUCAUGUGCAGUUACCGUGGUUACAGGUAAUGGCUUGGAAAGGCAGUCAUACUGUACGAGGGCAGUCAGCUAGGCCCCAGCCUGGUUCCAGUUCAGCAUGGCACCAGCUCUAAAGCUUGAAAGAGGUACUGAGCACAAUAUCUGCCUUGCUUCCUCAAAAGAUUUCAUGAAAUAAAAAUGCAUGCAUUUAUUUAAUCAUUAAAUAUAUAUUAUACAAUA